GUGUGUGUGUGUGUGCAGGACAGAGGGGUGACGGAGUUGCUCUGUUGGAAGCUCUCAUAGCACGAAAGCAGCGUCAGAUUUAGUCGGUGGUUAUGAAGUUUUUACAUGUAAAGUUCGAGCGGUAGACUCUGGAAGGAUUGCUGGAUCGCUUGAGGAAAACUGGGGGAACAAAUUUCCUGUCUGAUCUGCCAAGAGAUUAUAAAAAAUCUGCAGGACCCAUGGUGGAAGUAGAUCUGUGCUGGCAGGUGCUCCGUGAAAGCCAGGAACAUCCCUCAGAAAUAUCUGAGGUGACACAGAGAGAAAAUCUCAAGUCGCAUUCAGGCUUUUCUCGCUAGAACAGGAUGUCAACGCUAUCCUCAGAAAACAGCCCCGAAGAUGUCAACAAUCGCAGCUUCUGGAUGCAGCCUGGGAACUAUCAGCGCACUGUGAAGAGAACAGAAGAUGCCUUCCAGGCCUGUAACGACAUCGUGGCAUGUUUCCAAGAAAGAGCUCGCGUGGAGAGGCAGUACGCCCAGCAGCUCAGCGAGUGGAGCAACAAGUGGAAGCCAGUCGUGGAUUCCAGUCCUCUGUAUGGAUCUCUUCUGAAGGCCUGGCAGUGUUUCCUGUCCUCUGCUGACCGGCUGGCCUCCUUACACGCCUCCAUCUGUCGCUCCCUCGUAUCGGAGGAUGGAGACCGGGUCAGGACCUGGCAGAAGGACACCUUCCACAAGAAGUUAUUUGGAGGCUUUAAGGAGUCCCAGGACAUUGAGACGGGCUUCAUGCGUGCCCAGAAGCCGUGGGCCAAACGACUUAAAAAGCUGGACAAAGCCAGAUGUGCGUACCACAAAGUGAGCCGUAAGGAGCAGGCGGCCAGGGAGCGUGAGGCACACGCUCAGGGAAACCCGGACGUCGCCAUCGACAAACAGAAGAAGAUCCAGGAGGAGAGAGAGCUGGCUCAGCAGGAGGCCGAGAAGGUUCGCGCCCGCUAUGAGAAAGUCCUCGAGGAGGUGAACCGCUAUGCUCCGCGCUACAUGGAGGAGAUGGAGUCCAUCUUUGACCAAUCACAGGACGAGGAGCGCAAGAGGAUUGUCUUCCUCAAGCAGGCGUUUCUCUCCAUCCACAAACACCUGGACGUCACCAACAACGACAGCGUGAGGGCCGUGUACGAUGAGCUCCACAACACACUGAUGGCCAUCGACGAGCAGGAGGACCUUCGCUGGUGGAAAAACACCCACGGGCCUGGCAUGCCCACCGACUGGCCUCACUUCCAGGAAUGGACGCCCGAGAAGAAAGCCAAAAAAGGGAAGAAAGAGGUAGAAAAGAAAGGAUCAAUAGAGAAGAGUGUGAUGAUUGGAGGGGUGAGAGUAAGAGCUCUGUAUGAUUACGUUGGCCAGGAGACAGACGAGCUGUCAUUUAAAGCAGGUGAGGAGUUUUUGAAGAUCGAGGACGAGGACGAUCAGGGCUGGUGUCGGGGGAUUAAGGACGACGGGUGGGAGGGCCUUUACCCAGCCAACUAUGUGGAGGUGGUUUAGUUAAUGUGUCUGAAAUGACAAGGAAAUAUCUUGUUACAUCACAUGCUUCAUUUCACAGCCUGGUGACUUCGUCUGAAACCGACGUUGUGAAGAACAGCGUCGUAGCUGUUAGCCAAAGAGCGGCUCUGUGAUGGGAGUGUGAUCACGUUUUGGCAUACAGAGAUUUUUUUUUU